AUGACCCUACAUCUAGCAAAUCAUUCAGUGAGAAAACCCCUAGGAGUGGUUGAGAAUGUGCUCAUGAAAGUUAAUAAAGUCAUUAUUCUGGUGGACUUCAUGAUCCUUGAUGUGGAUGACGAUGUCGAAGUCCCUUUGAUCCUCAGGCAUCUAUUCCUCAAUACUUCAAGUGUUUUGAUUGAUGCAAAGGGAGGAAAGAUGAUGUUGAGAGUAGGGCAAGAACAAGUGGUCUUCACUCUUCCAGAUGUUAUGAAGCACACACUAGACCAUGAUGACAUGUUGUAUUUCACCGAUGAGACUGACUUGAUUAUUUCUGAUUGUGUGCAGGAGGUCUUGGCAUUAAACCUUUUGGAUGAGUAUUUGGAUAAGAUAGAAGUCAAGGAAGUUGAAGAAUAA